CGGCGCGCGCCGCCAUGGCGCUGGCGGAGGAGGCGCUGCGCCGGCAGCUGGGCAAGUAUAAGUUCAGAGACCUGACCAUAGAAGAGCUGAAGGAUGUUAGCAAGACCUACCCCAACUUCACAUUCUCCAUGAACACAUACACCUUCAAGGAUGGAUCCCAGAAGGACCUCCUGAAUUUUAGUGGCACUGUUCCAGUGAAAUAUGGUAAUUCCUAUAACAUACCUAUUCGUCUCUGGAUCCUGGAUUCUCAUCCCUUUGCUCCCCCCAUUUGCUUCCUGAAGCCAACUGCAAACAUGGGCAUUGCAGUGGGGAAACACGUCGAUGCACGGGGCAGGAUUUAUCUGCCCUACCUGCAAAACUGGAGCCAUCCUAAAUCAACUCUCAUUGGAUUAAUCAAGGAAAUGAUUGCAAAGUUUGAAGAAGAGCUCCCUUUAUACUCACUGUCAUCAUCUGAUGCAGCUAGGCAAUCAGAACUUCUCUCCUAUAUUGCAAAGAUUACUGAAGGGGAGACUGACAUGAAAUCCAGGAGUAAAACUGGAGGCAGAAAUGAAGGGUGUUUUAACAAAAUUACUGUUGUUGGAGCUGGAGAUCUUGGCAUUGCAUGUGUACUAGCAGUUGCAGCAAAGGAUAUUGCAGACAAGGUGGUUCUUUUGGAUCUUUCUGAAGGUGCAGCAAAAGGAGGGACCAUGGAUUUGGAGAUUUUUGCUGUGCCAAAUGUGGAGAUCAGCAAAGAUUUUUCUGCUUCAGCUGAUUCCAAAGUUGUGGUGCUUACAGUUAAUUCUCUGGGUAAUGCUCAGACUUACCUUGAUGUCAUACAAAGCAAUGUGGAUUUGUUCAGAGGAAUUAUUCCAGCAGUAUCCCACUACAGUCAGAAUGCUGUUCUUCUUGUUGCUUCUCAUCCAGUUGAAGUAAUGACAUUUGUGUCAUGGAAGCUGAGCUCCUUUCCCAAAAGCAGAGUGAUUGGGGUUGGUGCCAACCUUGAUUCAGAGAGAUUUCGGUACAUUCUGACCAAUCUUUUGAAAGAAGAGGUGCUGGCAAAAGAUGCCUGGGUUAUUGGUGAACAAGGGGAAGACAAAGUGCCAUCAUGGACCAGCUGUAAUGUAGCUGCAAAUCAAACAGAAGCAAUGGCUGCUCAUAACUCAAGGGAAAAGGUGGCUAACAGAGUGAUGGAAGUCCUAAAGGGAAAAGGUCAGAGAUCUUGGUCUGUUGGGCUCUCAGUUGCUGAUUUGGCUGACAGCAUUCUGAAAGAUAAAAGAAAGGUUCAUUCUGUAUCCACUCUGGCAAAGGGGUGUUGCAAUAUAAACAGUGAAGUAUUCUUAAGUCUCCCAUGUAUUCUUGGAACCAGUGGAGUGAUUGAAUUGGUCAGACUGGAGGAAGACCCACUGGUGCAAGAGAAACUGCAAAGCAGUGCAGGCUCAAUUCAUGACCUUCAGCAGCAGCUGAAACUGUAAGGAAGCUCAAGGGAAGCCUCUGUGUCUACUCACUGAAGUUGGAGAUCUGCAAGGCAGAAAAGGCUGCUUCAUAUAUAUGGAUUCCUGUGGAAAACAGGAAGCUUUGUUACUUUACUUUCUAAAAGUGCUUUCUCAGUUUAGGUUUGAAUUAUUUAAUACCACGCUGUACAGCAAUUUUUUUCCUUUGUAAAGUGCACUUUUGAUAGCCAAAAUGAGGCAGGUAACACACAAGAAUAUUUUACCUAAAUUCAGGUGGCACUUGCCUGUGGUUUUUGGCUGCCAGUUAGUUAUAGCCUGACUCUUAGGUUACUCUUAUUUCUUUGCACAUCUCUAGGAGGCAGUCCUAGAGAGGGGCUUACCCAGCUCUGCAGAAACUCCAGCAUGCAGAGCCCCCUUGAACCCUUCCUACAGCUUUUAAAUGCUGUAUCUGAGGCUUGUUUUGGGUACAGUCACACUCCAGCUCUACAGGCACUGGGGAUGCAAUUCCAUAGCUUCAUCUUCCAUGGCUGUCAAUGCUCUUAUGUCAAGUAUUUUGCUAUUUACUAAGGGGAGCGUGGUGUUCACAGUAUCCUUCAAACCUGAACUAUUGGCUAUGGAUUUCUGUUCACACUUUAUCAUGUCUGAAAGACUUCCGUCAUGACUUGUUUGCUUUUAUUUUAUGAGGAUAUUCAGAGCACUAAAGCACCUGCAGUUCUCACUACAUACAUGCAGCACUGGAACAGGGGGCUCUUCCUGAAUGGGAGGAGCAGGAGCUGGGCUUCAAAUAAAAAUGAAAGAUAAAAUCCAGCA